AGAAGAAAGACCCUAAGAUGGAGAGCCAAAUUAAAAAUGGCGAACUUCAUCAAACAGUUCUUAAUCGAAGUGCGAAUUAUUAUGAUGUCAUUUGUAUGAAUAGAAAAAAAUCAUGUUAUUUAUAUUCUUAUGUGGAUUCUAAUUUUUAUUAUUUGUUUGUUAUUUUUAUUUAUCUUCAACGUGCUAUCUUUUAUUUAAGUUUUAAAACAAGUUGUUUUCCUUCAAUGUUAUUUGCUUGGUUGAUUAAGCUGUGUUCAUUCACGAAAAAAGAUUAGAUACAUUUAAAAGUUGGAAGGAAAAAGGUUGUUCUUACUCAUCAGUUCAAACGAUCAAUUCAGAUUAAAUCAAGAUGAAUGUCCACCAUGUUCAUCAGCAUGACGAUCAUCAUUUCAAUAGAUGCUCAAAUCCAAAUUGUGACGUCACUAUCGAAAGAAUAAGAAAAUACAGUUUACUCCGUACAAAGGAACAUGAAGUCUUAGAGAAAUACGAGAAAGCUGUUCAAAUACAUGAUACAAUCUCCAAAAGAAGACAGUCCAUGGAUGUUAGUCAUUUAUUCGUCCCUGGUCAAACAUACAAUGGAUUAGAUCUUUCUCCGAAACUUCGCCGUUUCUCUGUACCUAACAAACCAAGAAAGAAAAGUUUAAAAGCGCGAGCGUCCUCACCAAACCAGCUAACAACGUUGGAGGAGAGUGCUCCAAACCAAGAUGUUGACACAAUUAGAACAUCAUCGAGUGCGUUAAAGAAUUCCUUGCGCAAAUUAUCCAUCUCACCGACGACGUUAAUUCGCAAGGACCUGAUUUCUCGAAAGCUAUCGUCGUCUCCUCGACUGCAAGGACACAGUAUUUACAAUAACGAACGAAGCCAAUCACCAACUUUCAUAUCACCAAAUAGAAGUCCGUCAAAUCGACGAAAAACAUCAACAUCGCCGGGAAUUAGUCCCACAACUCAAAGAAAGAAGCCUGCGACAUCAUUUACUCAGGGUGGUAGCAGCCCUUACAAUGAGAGGAAGUUAUCUAUGAUUCAGGUGCAACAAAGAAAUUAUGCCAACCAGAUGAGAAAGAUAUCUGAAGCAUUGAUACCUCAUGACACAUACAUGACGCGUCAACGUUGUUCAUCCUUGAUUAGUGAAGAAAGUAAGGACAUCCUCCGCAAAAGGUCGGUAACACCAACGCCUCAAUCGAAUAAGAAAUUGAGCAUGACAAGGAAAAUAUCAAGAUCAUUGACUAAUUUGAGACAUUUCCAUCAAGCUGAAACUUGCAAUCUGUCCAAAACAGAUAGUGACAUUGAUCUGAAUGGAAACAAACCUGACACUCUGAAUGCAUAUGGAGAAGGGAAAACAAAGAAGGUUUUAGAUCCUGUUGUCCAGAAACGUCAUUUGGACGCAAAACAGCGAUUAGAGAAUCGCAAAAACCUGCUUACGCGAUUAGAUGGAGACAUACAUAAAGUUAACGCGAUGUUAAGAAAGAUUAAGUGUAAAUCUAUGCCAGUUCUUCUUCAGAAUAUCAAUUUUAAAGAUUCUGGGAUAGAAAUAAGUAUGGAGAACUUUGGUUUUGACAGCACAGAGAAAUUAAACAUUAACAAUUUUGAAUUCACUCAUAAAAAACUUGAGGGGUCCACCACUCUUUCACUAGCUGUAACACUAUAACAUGAUUGGUUUAAAAUUGGGCGGUGUAUAUAUUAUACUUAUUUAUGGUGACAUGAAAGAAUCAUAACGUUUUUCUCAA